AUGGCUCCAAAAGUUCAACAAACCAAAGCAGCUAAAGCCGCUGCUGCCUUAGCCGGUGGUAAGAAAGGUAAGAAAAAGUGGAGCAAGGGUAAAGUUAAGGACAAGGCUCAGCACAUUGUCAUCUUGGACCAGGAAAAAUACGACAAGAUCAUCAAGGAUGUCCCAACUUACAAGUUCAUUUCCGUUUCCGUUUUGGUCGACAGAUUGAAGAUUGGUGGUUCUAUUGCCAGAGUUGCCAUCAGACAAUUGGAAAGCGAAGGUGUUAUCCGUCCAGUUUCCAAGCACUCUAAACAAUCCAUCUAUGUUAGAGCUGAAUAA